AUGAUUUGCAAAGCGCAAGUUUGUAAAGUUGCUGAACAAUUUGGAAACGACACCAACGAUCAAUCGUCAAAUGAAAACCAGGCAAAGCCUUUGACACAAAGUGAAAUGGAAGCGAUUGAAGCUAGAAUGAUGCUCAGAAAUUGGCAUUUAACAGAGCGAUGUGCAUUUUACGGGUUGGAUCAAGCAGGCAACGAUUCACUUCAUAAACCUAAUCCAUGGGAGUUUUUAAUAAACAAGAAAUAUCAUCUCGUGUGGUGUAACGUUUUCAAAGCAGCAUCAACCUCUUGGAUGUAUAAUUUUAAUUUAUUAGCUGGCUAUUCGCCACAAUUUUUAAAGAAAUCUCAAGUCGUUCCGUUGACGUUGGCAAGGAAGAAAUAUCCCCGACCAUCCGUCGCACAACUCAGCGAAGCUCUCAACACAUCAAUCAGCUUCCUUAUUGUUCGUCAUCCUUUUGAGAGGCUUUUAAGUGCGUAUAAUGAUAAAUUAAAGUACGCACUUCCACAUACUUUCCACCAGAAAUUAGGCAACAUGAUUGUGCGAAAGUAUCGCAAAGCAGUGAAUUUUGAACGAGCUGAUAACGCUUUUCAUCCACUCAUGAAUUCCGUUCACUCGAAAAAUCAACAUUCAAAGCAAAGAAAGCUUGGUUCACGCUGGCCAACAUUUCCCGAGUUUGUUGAUUUUCUUCUUUUCGAAGCAAAGGCCAACACGUAUCUCGACAUGCAUUGGACGCCAGUCACGAAUUUUUGUACACCGUGUCAAGUGAAAUUCGAUGUGAUUGCGAAAUUUGAGACUUUUGAGGACGAUCAAAAAUAUUUGAUCGAAAAAGCGGGUUUAGGAAGUAUAAUUAAGCCGGAACAUAAGAACACAGGAAAAGGGAAAAACACCAACGAGCUGUUAAUGAGUCAUUACGCUGAACUGACCAAAUCUCAAGUCAAAGGCCUUUACCAGGUGUUUAAAUACGAUUUUGAACUUUUCGAUUACAGCCCUGACGAGUUCAUUAAAAUCGCACGAGAAGACGAUCCAUCGUCAGUGAAAAGCAACAGCGUAGAAUAUGUUCAACUAAACAUUGAUAAAGCAAAAGUUUUACCCUUUUCCUAGGAGUACAUUUAAAACUUUUUUUCCUUUUUAAAAAAGGUUUUCAUUUCCGCUUUUGAAAAUUAAGAAAAUUUCUUGUUAAAGUCGUCAGACUUCUUAUUCAUUCAAACUCGAAUACAUUCAAAAGUUAAUUUUAUCUCAUUGCACUUCAUUUGUUAACGAGUUUUAUUAAACAACAAGUAAAAAAGAAAGAAAGAAAGUUUUAAACUUUAGAGCUUUAAAUCAUGCAAAAUUAAUUAAUGAAUUCGACUUGAAAUUCUAAGAAUGAAAACUUUUUGAGCAUUCAUAAUGUUUGAGAUCAAUUAAAAAUUCUUUUAGGCAUUUCGAAACUUUUUCUGAUGAAGAUGCUUUGAAUUUAAUUAAAGUAGAUGAAGAAGAAGAUAAAUUUACUUAAUUAUACACUUAAGACAAAUAAUGAAAGCAAGUAAGAGAAAUUUGUGAUAUUGAUUAAUUUUAGAAAAAGACAAAUUACUUAGAGGAAUUGAAAUUUGUUCAAAAAUUCCAAGAAAGUUGGAGUUAAAGCCAUUAAAGAAACUAAAUCAAUGAUUCAGUCGUCAGAAGGAAACCUCUAAACUUCAACGAAAAUUAAUCCCCCGACAUUAAUUCUAGAAACCAUUUGAAUAAAAUUUCAUUACGCAAUGAGCAAUAGAAUUGUAUUCUAGAAAGCAAAUGUCAAAUUUAAUAUCUUAAUACGAAAUGUUUCCCAAUAGUUUCAGAUCAAAACAUGUAAAUUGCUUCUUACUUCGAUUCAACAAUAGUUAGAAGAAAUGAAAUGUUUUCCGUAGAUCUUAAUAAACUUUGUCCACUUUGAAAAUUUGUUAAAGCAAAAACGUAAUAAAAUGAU